AUGGCCAUCGAACUUGAAGAGCCACCGUUAACCCACGACAAUGUUCAGGUUUAUAAAGAUCUCUUUGGAGGAACCAUGGGUGGUAUAGCCCAAGUUUUAGUGGGCCAGCCGUUCGAUACAGUCAAGGUCAGAUUGCAAUCUGCGCCAGAAGGCGUUUACUCAGGAGCGGUCGACGUGGUGAAAAAGCUUGUGGCCAACGAAGGUUUGGGUGGCUUCUACAAAGGUGCCUUGACCCCUUUGGUUGGUGUGGGUGCAUGUGUCUCGGUUCAGUUUUCCGUCAAUGAGUUUAUGAAGAGACACUACGACAGUAAGUCGGGAGGGAAACCUUUGACGCUUGGUCAGUACUUCAACUGUGGUGCUGUUGCGGGAUUUGCCAACGGCUUUUUGGCUUCUCCUAUCGAGCAUGUCCGUAUCAGAUUGCAGACGCAAACAGGCAACACUAAGAUGUUCAAUGGUCCUAUUGACUGUUUCAAGAAACUUUACCAAUCUAAUGGUUUGUACUCGGGUAUUUUCAAAGGUUUGGCUCCUACUUUGGUAAGGGAAAGUAUCGGCAUGGGUAUUUACUUCGCCACUUAUGAGGCGUUGGUGGCUCGAGAAUUAGCCCAAAAGACGAAUCUCGUCAGAACAGACAUUCCAGGUUGGAAACUCUGUUUGUACGGAGGCUUAUCUGGCUAUGCUCUCUGGAUAGUCAUUUAUCCUAUCGAUGUCCUCAAGUCGAGAUUGCAGACAGAUGCUUUAUCUGCACCAAAAUACAAAGGCUCUAUUGAUGCGGCCAGAGAUGUGUUCAGAGUUUCUGGAAUCAAGGGUUUUUACAAGGGCUUCAUUCCUACAAUCUUGAGGGCUGCCCCAGCGAACGGUGCAACCUUUGCUGUCUUCGAGCUUACUAUGAGACUCAUUAAUUAA